AUUUUUCGUUCGCUGAAAUCUGCUGUUUGUGUUUGGUUGCUGAGUAAACCGAGAAUCCUAGUCACUGAGUGGGAAAUUUCAGGUUCGCAGCUGCUGUUGGCUUUUAUUUCCUUUCUAAAGCCUCUUCCUUUUCCCGUUUCCUCAGGGGAGUGAUUGAUCAGUGAAGCAGAGGAAAACAGAGAAGUAGAUAGUGAAGGAAGAAGGAGAACAGAGGGUCUAAGAUGUUGUCGUGCAUAGCGUGCACGAAGCCGUCGGCGGAUGACGAAGGGGAGGAGGUCGGCGGCGGAGUAGCGUCGGCGCGUGGAGGGAGUGAUACUCCCAAUACUAAAGAAGCCGUCAAAAGCCUGACGAAUCAGAUCAAGGACAUGGCACUGAAGUUAUCAGGCACAUACAAGCAAUGCAAGCCCUGCACAGGAGGAUCAUCCAGCAGCAACUACAAGAAAGGACACCACCGCCCUUACCCUGACUUGGAUGCAGCCUCGGAAGGAGGCGUUCCAUAUCCUUACUUCGGUGGCGCGGCAAGCUCCAGUUCCACGCCGGCAUGGGACUUUCCUGGCCGCGGCGGCGGCGGAGGGAGAAGCGACACCAGAUUCGCUUCAGGGGAUUCAUGCGAUGUGGUGAUCGACGAUGAGCCCAAGGAAUGGAUGGCUCAGGUUGAACCCGGCGUCCACAUUACCUUCGCUUCCCUCCCCAAUGGGGGCAAUGAUCUCAAACGGAUUCGGUUCAAGGGUUUGUUUUGAGUUGUGUUUUUGAAGCCGGGAGAUGUUCAACAAGUGGCAAGCGCAGAGUUGGUGGGGCGAGAACUACGACAGGAUCAUGGAGCUUUACAAUGUGCAGAGAUUCAACAACCGCCAGUCUCUCAACACUCCUCCAAGGUCUCAAGAUGAGAUCUCGUCUGAACCGAAUGGUUGUUCCUCACUGUUUUUCCUCCCCCAAUUUCAGCAUAGAGAUUCUACUUAUUCGAGAUUAGGCUCUGCAAGGGAAAGCCCCAUGGCGCCAAGGAACUACUACAGGCCAUCUCCUGGGAUGAUGGAACAGGGCAGCAGCCACCAUUACCCUCCCGGUUACGGUCUGGGAGGCGGCCCGAGAGGCGAGGCUUCCUCGAUGGAAGCCUCGAGAACCACAACCUCUUCGCAAGACGAGCCGUCCAUCUCGGUGAGCAAUGCCAGCGAUUUGGAGGCGGAGUGGGUCGAGCAAGACGAGCCUGGAGUGUACAUUACCAUCAGACAACUCGCGGAUGGUACCAGGGAGCUCCGGCGGGUUCGGUUCAGUCGAGAAAGAUUUGGGGAAGUGCAUGCUAAGUCAUGGUGGGAGGAGAACAGGGAUAGAAUACAAUCUCAAUACCUGUAGAGAGAGAGAGAGAGAGGGGGGUUUGGAACAGAGUAAAGGUAAAAACUUUUUAACAGCAUCUCAAAGGAAGUGGAGGGUUGCAGAUUGGAUAUCCUCCAGGGAAAGAUAUGAUAUGAGUUGAGUGUUCUUUCUUUCUUCCAAGUUGUGUUCACACAGUUCACUGGACAUGUGCUUAGAAAAGAAAUUACGGCAAUUGGGAAGAACAUUGGCUGAAAGAGUAAAAGUGCAGCGUUACUGGAUGCCCGAUUUUUUGCCUGGAAUGUGAGUGUAACCAUUGUAAUUCUUUCUACGUCACUGCGAUCUUUAGGGGGGGAUAACUUGUUCUUUCAUCAAUAGAAACUUUAUAUAGCUCAAAAGGAAAUGGAAUGGGGGAUGUAUAUUAUUAUUUGGUGAGGUUGACACAAUGCACCAUUGUCGAUGAAAGUAUUAUUCGUAUCAAAGGAUGAAAUGACGGAGUUAUAAGUCUGUCUAAUUUUCAUAUGAAAUGUGCUAGUCAUCUAACAUUUAAACGGGACACGCUGUAUUUCGUGUAAGAAACCACAAAAAGCCCAGAAUCCCCAGCCUAAAGUUUACUUCUUCCCCAAUAGAUAGAAUCAACAUGCAUGUGUUGUUUAUGCAAAGCCUAGAUUCAAACCAUAGUGCAGCAGUCCCUCCCGACGAUCAUCCAAGACUUCCAGUUCCCCAUUCAUUAACCAGACGACGCCCUCGCCGUUGCAAGGAAAUGGUCGCGAAUAGCCGCCCAUUUAGUGACGAGCUUGUCACGGGGCGGCCAGCUUUCUUCAAUCACAGGGAUAUCCGAAAUCCUUCGACUCCAUUCCGACAAAGACGGAUGACGUUCCUCGUCCACGAUUUUGAGGCCGAGGAUCUCUUCGAAGACCGGCACCAAGUUGACCAGCCAGCCCAAUGCGAAGUCAGGAAUUCCGAUCUCUUCCCCGCCCAAGAAUUUCUUGCCUUCCAACUCUGCCUCCAGCAACUUGAGGUUCUCUGCAAUCGAAGCCACUCCUUCCUCUUGCUCCCUCCCUUCCUUUGUGAAGGCUUGCCACAUCGAUGGAAGCGCCUGCGCCAUCAACAAUUCCAAUAACUCGAGAUUUACUAAAACAUGAAAUGGGCAGCUCAAAUUUGGUUCUCAUCGAUCGAAUCCCAAUAACUAACCCGUAAUCGUAGAUCGUACAUACCUUCUCGUCCAUGAAUUUGGCCCAGAAGCGAGCUGAGGCGCGCUGGAUGGGAUCCGAGGCAGCAACCUAGGCGGGUUCUGGCUCCAAGUCUCGUCGAUGUACUCGAGAAUCACGAGCGACUCGCAGAUGGACUUGCCGUUGUGAAUGAGGACAGGGACCUUCGUGUGGACAGGGUUGUACUGCAGAAGCAAAUCGCUCUUGUUGGUGAGGUCUUCAUCGACGGAUUCGUAGGGUAUGCCCUUGAGCUUCAGCGCCCAAACGACCCGCAGACCGAACAGGCUCGACCAUGUCUUCAGCAGCUUCACUUCUCCUUGAUCGGCCAUGGCGAUGGGUUUUUGGUCUGUACUCUGUUUUGUGAUGGCUGCAGUGGAGUGGAGGUCCUAUUUGAUUGUUAUGUACAUCUCU